CUUGUCUAAUGCCAACUGUAGUACUGCCUACCGCAACAAGGCUAUAUACAAAUAGUGUUUUAUCCCGGCUAAUAGCAUACCCUUACCGUAGAAGGCACUUAUGUAGUUUACCCAGGAACAACAACGAGUUAGGAAUUGCUACUACCCGUCCUAAACUGGUCCAUCACGUAUUCCGUUGGGGCAUAGGAAAUGCUUUCAGGGCGCAGUCAAAGAACAGAUACCGGCCUACAUACGCUGAGCGCAACACUCCGGCAUGUAUCCGUGAGGACUACUUCCAAUGCGAUGCCAAGUUUGACCUUUGCAAAAUAACUUACGAUACUUUAAACGAACAGUGGGAGGUCUUGUGGACUGAGUGUGGCAAGUUAAAUGGUAAACCAUUCCCGAUAAAGAAGUUUGGCAUCGAUGCGUCCAAACAGGCAGCUUUGGAAUUCGCAGCAGAGUUAGAUGAACACCUAAAAACAACUGGCGGCAACUCACUGGAUUACACAAGUGGCCCCGGGUUAACAUUUGACCAUACGUUACAUUGCUGGGUGGCGCUUGGUAAUGUGGGCAGGCGCAGAGUAGCUAGGGCAUACUCCGCUGACUACCACGGAUUCGAUGCCGCCAGGAGGCGUGCAUAUCGCUUUGCUAAACAUAGCACAUCGUAGUCCAGUGU